GCACUCAUCCCGGAACACGUGACAAGAGAUCAUCAGCGCCCUUGGCAGCCACGUCUAGCCAUGUCUAUAAAAAUUCUAACGUGGGUUCCGUCAGUCCUUGGCGUCUCUUACUCGUACUCUGCUACUGUCCGCCUACCAUGUUGUCUUCGAGGCCCAACAGUCUUGCAGAUCUAUUUGUGACGGCGCCCAACACUCCUUUAAACCUCGGUCAACCCCUAGAACCUCCCAGAGCAUCUUAUCUGACAUCGGCUCCAGAAACUGCUGCCAGCCCGCGCGAUUCGUACGCUGAAUCGUCAGAUAAUGUCUCUCCAUCAGUGCAAGAGAAUGAGAAACGCCAUACCAUAGCUUACGGCCAAGAAUCGAGAGCAGAACCUGGGUUGGAAAAUCCAUCCAUCUUUAGGCGACCUCUAUUUUGGCUCAUCGCUUUCGCCGUCGUUGCUGUUGUUGUCGUUGCUGUCGUUCUCCCAAUAUACUUUGUUGUUAUCAAACCUCACAAUUAUAGUACCAAUGGAGCUUCUGUAGGUGGGUCAGGUAGCGGCAACUCCACAUCUCCAACUGGAAUAACUACGACCGGAGGAAACGGCUCCCUUAUCACAGUGGCUGAUGGCAUGACAUUCACUUACUUGAAUCCCUUUGGAGGCAUCUGGGUGGACAACCCAAACGACCCUUUCAACAAUGACGCUUAUCCUAACUCAUGGACCCCUCCACUUAACUCUAGCUGGACUUGGGGAGUAGACAAGAUUUAUGGUGUCAACCUUGGUGGGCUUUUUGUUCUAGAACCCUUCAUUACACCCGCCCUUUGGGAGAAGUAUCCGGGUGCAAUUGACGAGUGGACCCUGAGCACGCUCAUGGCGGCGGAUACAGCCAGCGGCGGACUCCGACAGAUAGAGACCCAUUACAGUACCUUUAUUACCGAGCAGGACAUCGCCGAAAUUGCUGGAGCUGGAUUGAAUUGGAUCCGUUUACCUAUCCCUUUCUGGGCGAUUGAGACAUGGGACUUCGAGCCCUUCCUCGAGAAAGUCUGUUGGCCCUACAUCCUGCGUGUUCUUCAAUGGGCACGAAAAUAUGGGAUUAGAGUGAAUCUCGAUCUGCAUACCAUCCCCGGAUCUCAGAAUGGAUUUAACCACUCCGGCAAAAGCGGCUCUAUCAACUUUCUGAAUGGAGUCAUGGGACUCGCCAACGCCCAGCGUGCGCUUGAUUAUAUUAGGAUCAUUACCGAGUUCAUAUCCCAGCCUGAGUGGGUUGAUGUUGUCUCCGUGUUCAGCAUUGUCAAUGAGCCCAUGGGCCCUACCAUUGGAACAGACCAGAUCAAAACGUUUUAUCUCCUUGCGCAUGAUAUGAUCCGCAAUAUCACCGGUUACGGAGAAGGGCACGGGCCCUACAUUGCCAUUCAUGAUGGUUAUAUAGGGACGGAAGCCUGGGCAAAUUUCUUGCAAGGUUCUGAUCGAAUCAUACUUGACACCCAUCCUUAUUUUGCGUUCUUCGAGGGUCAGUCUGAUUGGUCGCCCAUUGCGACUGGUACUGGGUUAAGCGCUGGAGGCAUUUGGCCACAGAAGGCGUGCAAUUCAUUGAGCCCUGGCAUCAAUACCAGUCAGACCGCAUUCGGUAUAACCAUCGCGGGGGAAUUUAGUAACGGUUACAAUGAUUGUGGAUUGUACCUCACAGGUGUUGGGGGUACUGCUAGCUAUGGAACAGCGUGUUCUCUCUUCUUAGACUCUUCGCAAUGGAACGACACCAUGAAAGCAGGUCUUCACGAAUUCGCGCUGGCUAGUAUGGACACUUUGCAGGACUGGUUUUUCUGGACUUGGAAGAUAGGAAACUCAUCCACGACCAAUAGUGUCCAGUCUCCCCUGUGGUCUUAUCAGUUGGGUCUCCAGAAUGGUUGGAUCCCUACUGAUCCCCGCACUGCCGUAGGCACCUGUGCAGCGUUGGGAGUGAUUGGUCCACAGUUCGAUGGGGUUUAUCAAGCCUAUCAAACAGGAGGUCCUGGAGCUGGCACCAUCGUCGCCUCCGAGGUCACAUCUUAUGGCCAGUUUCCACCAACACCUAUCAACGGUCUUCCACUUGGAGCAAUCCAAUCCCUCCUCCCCACCUAUACGUCCACUAGUGCAGUUGCAACUCUUCCGCCUCCCACAUUCUCUCCGAGUCCUUCUCCAUCAGUUAGCGCCGGGAACGGCUGGUUCGAUUCGGGAGAUACGGGUUUGGCGCCAACACAAGUACAAGGCUGCACGUACCCAAAUGCAUGGGAUGCUGUUAGUUCAGCCAUGCCCACAGCGCUUUGUCCUUCUACAGGUGGCGCCACUCACGUCACCACGUCACUUUCGUCUAGUCGUUGACUGUCGAAAAUGGCACCAAAGGGUAUAUCAGGAUGCCUGGCAUCACGACCCGAGCUUCUGCGUAGUCUAGCGUUUUGUGGAGGCGCCGUUGAGCAUACCAAGGUAAUCUGAAUGUACGGACGCUAGUUUUCUUGAUGUUACUCGCACAUUGUAAUACUUAUCGCAUUCUAAGUAGUCCUCGAUCGCUUAUCGAACUGUGUUUUGUUGUUGCCACAGUUGACGUUUUGUACUGCU